GGCAGACGGUAGGCCUAUAUCACGCCAUAGCGCUAGGUGGCAGUCAUGUAAUAGUUCCAGAAGGUGGUACAGAAGAACAGUUGUGCCCUUCACAACAGCAAUCAUGGCCACUGCUACGAAAAUUGUCCAGAAGUUGCGGAAUUUAUUAUCAGGGCAUGACCUGCAAGCUAAACUCCAGCUGCGUUAUGGCGAAAUAGCAAAGAGGACCCAGCCUCCCGCCAAGCUCCCAGUUGGCCCCAGCCACCAGUUUGCGGGCAACUACUACCACACCAGGGAUGGACGCAGGGAAUCGGUUCCUGCCACAGUAAUCAUGUCGGCACAGAAGGCCCUCACUGCUGGGAGCCAAGUUCCUGACGUUCCUGCAAAGCGGGCCGUCACCCCUGGCAACGUCCCGAGGGAGCUGACGCUGUCCAAAGAUGAGCCCUACCUCUAAACUCAUCACAAUCCUCCACUACCCGCCCGCGCCACCAGGGGGCGUCUGAACGUCACAGGCGGACCGUAAUGGAAACCGCAGCAUCCUGUUUUGAAUUCUGUAUUAUAGAACAUUUUAAUAAAGAAUCUUAUGUCAA